AUGGCCAGCUACGGAAUCCGAUUCGCGGGGGUCGCAGACUUCCUGCUGGAGUGGUUGCUGCCGGGCGAAUGUGUUCGAACACUGCUGACGAGCUCGCAGCCCCCAGAAGGCGUGGUUCGCUGUUGCUCCGACUUCGCAGCGACGCGGGCCCGCGUGUUCGCAGCGCUGAAUUCUCUGCUGCAGUGUGGAAUGCUCUGCCCGCGAAUGCCAGAUGUGCAACCGGUUGAUGUCUACGUGAAUGCCCUGCAGCGAUCAGUGUUCCAGUGGCUCGAGACGGAUUGGAACGUGUCGGCCAUGGUGCCGGCUAAUUUGGAAGCGGACGCACGCCGUGCCGGUGUCAACUUACCGGACCUGCUCCAUCUGCUUAACCGGCGGUUCCUCGAGGACAUCGGCGAGAGCCUAGACUUCCUUCGUCGACAUAACGUUGCUAUACACCUCUUCGCCGAUGCAGUGCCGCACGUGCUGCGCGAUCCUUUCAGCUGGAUGGUGCCGGCACGCUUUGGCGGCGAGCUAGCGACUAUUUUCGUCGUGGAAAUGCAGGUAGAAGCACUGCAUUUCUACGUCGUGUGUCACGAACUAGAUGUUUCGUGGCCUAGAUCCUCUGACAGCGAAGAACAAGAGGAGGAGCUUGUGUGGGACAUAUCCGAAUCCCCAUCUCCGAGUUCUUUCGCACGAGAGGCAGCUAACGCCGGUCCGUUUCUCGUCGCUGACUCGGACUGA